GGCACAAAGAAGUAGUGCGCUACGGAAGUUCAUAAAGAUUUCGGAUUUGUUGUGUGCUAAACGUGUAUUUACGUUAAAUAAAGAAUAUAUUCUUUUCGUAUCGUUCGGAUUCGUUUGGAUUUUCGCUUGAGAAAUGUGAAUGAAAAGAGAAAAAUGUAAAUGUAAAUCAAAUUAAAAACGAGAACGGCAUUUUGUUCGUCCUUAAACAAGUUGUAAGUGGCUUUGUUGUGUUUUGUCGUGUUUGUGCAACAAAUUUUUAUUGUCACCUGUUCGUGGGUGGUUCGGUGGCGCGCACCUUAACAUAUAAACAAAAACAUAAAAUAGAAACAAGCAAAAAACCAAAAAAUCGAAAAUCAGUUACUUUCUGACCAACAGACCAACAAAUAACAACUCGGACUGAAAAAUUAGAAUUCAAACAAAACAUAUUCUUUUGAAUAAAUGCAAAUUGGACUCAUUUGCAAUUUGCCAGCCACUGAAAAGCCUUCAACAAGCCACUUAAGUGGAAAAGGAUAAUUGUUCGAACAGACUUUGAAAAAUGCUGUACCUCACGCUGCGGAUUUGCAAUCCUUUAACCAUGCAAUUCCCACAUACUCGUCAGUUUUUGCGGGGUUAUCGUUUAAUUGCGUUUGUAGUGGUUGUUGUUGUUGCUUUGCAAAAUGUCGGUGUUAAAGCGAAAAUCGCAUCUGCAACGGAUAUUUCCGGUGGGGUCGGUGCGGCUUCGUUGAAUAACGUCGGCCAUAAUCGUUGUUCCGAGCGUAAAUUCGUUGCACACGCCAAUAAAAUUGAUGAUGUCGAAGAUUUGGAGUUGGAUGUGCCGGUGAGCAUAGCUUUCGAAAACGGCCUAAAGAAGAGAUUUGUGCUGUUCCUCAACUCAUCCACGCCGUUGACCAUAAAUUUUUCGCAAAAUGUGGCGCGAAAACUCUACUUCAAUGAAACAACUAAUUUAUCACGCGCCCUGAAGCCAGAUCAACGCACGUUGCUUCUACAUUGCGCGCUGCGUGGCCAAUACGAUUUAUUCAUACUGGCGAAGCAUAGCGGCGCAAUUAAAAUCGAAGCGCACGCCGCACAUCCGCAAUCGAAUUGGCCGCUGCUGAAUCGCACCAAUCGCGUCAGCAUCCGCACACAGAACCGCGUACGUAAGCGCCAGAUGAUUGUCAAGUGGAACAAGAGUAAAUUCGAUUUUUACGCCAUGCACUACUGCCUCGUCAUAAGUACGCGACAACCGCACAAACACUUCUGCAAUGCGGUCAAUGAGCACAUAAAAAGUGAGGCGCGUAACAAAGCCACUUGCUUUCCGGGCUCUGUCAUGGAUUAUAUAUGGCUGAGGCCGCCGGAACGCGUUAGAGCGAUUGACUCCUCAGAUACUUACAUAACAAAUAUUAUUUGCACUGGUAAUCGUACGCAGCAGACGAUCAGGGCCGUUGUACCGAAUCGCAUUUACUUUUUGGACCUGUUCGGCGUGCAUACGAAGCAACAAAAUCUGACGUUUCAUAUUGCUGCCACCAAGGUCCACUUUACACGCACACAUCCGACCACUUUACGCAGCAACUUACUAAGCAUGGAGAAAAUAAAUGGAGCGCAUGGAGUGCAGGUAUUCAGUUUUAAGAUUCCUCGACGAAGUCCAUUCAGUUAUCGACAAUCAGCCAAACAGCACUUACGCUACUUAAUCGUACCUUGCGGAGGCUCUGAGAUAAACGCAAAAAUCAAAACAAAUGGCACGGAGGUUGGGAAUGUGCAGAGCAUUUAUCAGCCCACAUAUAUAAAAGUGCCAGAAGUGCACCCAGAUCAGAGAUACGUAAUACGGUUCUCACCCAGUAAUGUUGACGAGAUGUUAAGAGCGAGUAAAGUUGGGCUUGCUGUCACCACAAGUGAUGUUUUCACGUAUCUGCCAGAGUUGCCCCAUAAUAUGACGGUAUUUGAAGCACGCACGCGCUGCAAUUCAACUACAAUUGCGUGGUACAGUUCACCGGAAAUACGAACAAUGAGUUACUGCAUUAUUGUCUUUCAUUUCCCACAAAACAAUCGUUUACCAAUAGACCAUACGGAUUAUUGCAUGGACUUUGGCAAACGUGUAAAGCACCACAGAUAUUUCUAUUUAGUUACAUGCAACGAAAAGGAAAAGAACCCACCAAUGAUAGAGUCAUAUACGAUCAGAAAUCUAGAACCCGGUGAAAACUACUUAAUCUAUGUUACAGCCAACUUAAGUGACGGUAAACCGCUACCUUAUCAAUCGCUUAAAGUAAAAAUGGGAUCGAACUGCGAUGAUGAACUUUUGGAUUCCUCAGAGUCAUACUACGAAAAUAUUUCAAUUACUGAAAAUCGCAGAGCUACACUAUCUGAACUCAGAGCCAAAUCUUCAAUAGCAGCAUAAAUGUGGUCGGUGGAACAAUUAAUAUGAGCUCCGCAUAUAUUCACAACAAGCUUGCCAUAGUCUUAAGUGCAUUUUAUUAUAAAAACUCUGUAUAAAAGUAAUAUUUCCUCUAAAUAACAAAACCCUUCGAGCUUCUGAUGCUUCAUAUUUAACAAAAAUUAUUGCAGCAUUUUGUGCGCGCAAAAUUGCUGGCGCGCAGCUAAAACAGUUUAAAUUCCUUGUUAUUUUAUUU